ACCAAUGGGACCGCAGGUUUGACGGUGACGUCACGAUCAAACUGACCAAUGGGAGGGGGUCUUGUUGUUGUUGGGGGCGGCGGUACGCGCGGGCGCCACCUUUGAAUUGGCGGCAGUGGAGGCCGCAGCUGCCGCUUGAAUCCCCUCCUCAUCGACCUCAUCGUUCUCCUCAUCGUCCUCCUCCUGGCUCGGUAUCGUCCUCCUCAGCGUCGUCUUCCGCAAACGAGGUUCUCGUCCGACGAGAUCGGUCGGGUUCGGCGUAGGCGAGAAAUGCACGAACGAACGAACGACGAGUUUAAAGCGAUGACGACCGGCGACAUCAAGGGCAGUCUGCGCCGCGUGCAGAUGGAAGUCCGGCUGCUGCGCUACCCGCAUGAGGUGGACUACGAGGGGCUCCUCACCGGCGACGCCAAGGCGCUGCUGCCGCUGCUGCACCACGCGUUCACGGAAUACUCUCUCCCCGUCGCCGAGUGUCUAGCUGAGUGGGGCGUGGAACUCGCAGCCAAGAGCGACCUGCGCUUCGUGGAAGCCGUCUACAGGGUGCUCAGGGACAGGUUCGAGGUGCGGCCUGUGCUCACUAAGGCACAGUUCCUGCAGCUGGGCUUCGCCGAGCGCAAGAUGCAGAUGCUGUGCGACAUCGGGCAGGCCGUGCGAACAAAGCACAAGGAGUUGACGCAGCUCGCCCACAAGAAGUGCACUCCCUCCGCCCGAAAGCCAGCAGCGACCGCAGGCUCACUGGCGGCGGAGGCUGUGGACGGCCAGCCGCCUCCCCAGCGACUCCAUCGUGCUCCGUGCGAGCCUUCGUUCAAUCACCCGCAGUCUCUGGGCCUGGUUGUGGCGGGCGCAGGAAAUGGAGAUGUGCCAAGGCCACUGGUGCAGAGGCAUUGUGGGCCGCACGGGGGGGCGGCCCGGGGCUCGUGUCCCACGCCGCGCCAGGGGGUUCUUCCAGAAGCAGAAGUUUUGCUUGAGUUGCCAAGCCAUGUCCCACAAAGCAGUCCAGAAGGAAAGAAAGAUGAUACCAAUGCAACUAAUCACCAGCUAUUGCAGGAGAUGUCGGAGCUGCGAGCGACGGUGUCGCGACUGCAAGCUCAGUACGCCGAGACGUGCGCCCACGUGGCAGCGCUGAGCUGCGCCAUGCACGGCUCAAUCCUGGUGGACCGCACCGAGUGGGAGAACCUGGCGAGCCGCGUGACGCUGCUCGAGAACCAGGCGGUGCUGCUGCUGGCCGGGCCGCGCGGCGCAUCACGUGGCACAUCACGUGGCAAUGCAUCAAGCAGUAGCGACCCACGCGGGACUGCCCGGGUGUCCGAGCUCUUCUCUGCAGGGCUCGAAGACCGUGCGUCCCCCGUGCCGCCUGGCGCUGGGCCCGCGUCCGUCCUGGCGGAGCCGUCCACGUCCCUGUGUCCCAUGGAGGGACUCGUGCCGACUCAGGGCAGCGGGGAGCAGCGGGACUCCCUCCGCAAAAGCAAUGAACAGAUACUUUCAACGUCGUUGGAAAAAGCAAACCCACAAGUGGAGCGCUUGCAAAGAAUGUACGUAGAGAAAAACCUUGAUGCAGUCUGUUCAAAUGUUUGCCGCGCUUCCUACAGAGCAAGUCGGUAUGUUUGUGACAUGUGACGGAGAGUGGUCGUAUGGUUUUGUGGUGUCUGAGCAGGUUGGAGGAGACGCGGAUGCUGCUGAAAUCCGGGACUUGUGGAGUCUGAGGCUUGUACCUCGAUAUCGAGGAAGCCACCAUCACCCACUCUUCUCCUACAGCAGAAUAGCGCUGCUUUUAUCAGAGCCUUCCACUAGGCUUGACCCUCCAUCGACAUCAUCAUCGGCCACGAUCAAUGCACUGGUAGAUGAAAGUCUCGCCAAGCCAUCGCCAUCUCUCUCACGAUCCUAUGAUGAUUUAACAAUUCAUCUCGUGUCUGCACGCGAGUUGAUUUCAUUGACAUCCGUCCACGUCAAAUGUUGGCAGGUGCAUGACACUUUAACCACAACCAGAGGGAUACCAUCGCCAUCGCUCCAGGAGAGAAGACAGCGCUACGGUAUAUGUAACUUGGAUAAUCACUGUUUGAAAACACCAGCGAGCCAACUGCUGUGCUGGAGCAAGUGCAGCCAAAGACGGGAAAUUGCCCUAUCCCUAAUGGCUUCCUCACUGUGGCCUCUAGCUGCACCCAAGUCUAGCGGCACAGCUGUACCACAGGAGGGGUCCCUCCGGUCUCCUGAGCGACGGGCCCGUCGCACGUUCUCAUCAAACCUACCCAGAGGAAUGCGUGGGAAUUUACGGGGUUGUUUUGGAACCUCCCCCUCCUCCCCCGAGUUUGACAUUUAAGAAAAUAAGUCAUUUGUUUUUGGUGUCCCAGGUCUGAAUCUUGUGUGAUUCUGCAAUUAGUUGUGAUUGGCUGGCUUCUCACCUUGCUUCUUUAGCCAAAACCCCAUUUUCUGUACGCAAAGGGAAUUUCACAAUUGGAAAAACAAACCUAACUUGCCCGUCAGUCCUCCCAUCUCUCUAGAAUGCCAAAAGUAAAACUGUCCAUAAUUUUCCUUUAAAAAUAUGAUCCAAGAAGCUUUACUGGGUUGACUGGGAAACAAAAUAAAUUAUCAAUAUUUUUUGGCGAUGAGAAGUAAACUAAACAAACAUUUAAAAAAAUCUCUUUUCUACUGACGUCUUCAUUCUUCGUGUUAUUUUAAGCAGCUUUUUCUUACGGAAAGACUUUACUCAGCCCCCAUCUCUGGGAGACAGAGGUUGGUGGAAAACGUUUUACAAUGUGUAAAGAGACUUUAAAUAAACGGUUUUAUUUAA